UGUCGCCGUGCCCAAUCCCAUCCGCAACGAUUCUGUCCGGUUAAUUCUGUUUGUGCGGAGUUAUCGGGGGAGUUUGCAUAAAGGGUCCAUCGUCCAAGGAACGAUCCUCGGUAAGCAGCUGUGUUGUGCCGUUGUGCCAGCCAAAAUCGUGGGUGCUUUGACACCGUCAAAUUUCACCUUUCACUUUACGCUGUCAAGGCAACAAACGUGCACAAGCAGCUGGGAGUGAGCGAUGGCCGGAAUUCUUUCGAUAUCGUCGCGAAAUCUGCCCCGAGCAGCGCUCCGAUUUGGGCUGCGCUCGCUAGAAGGACACACAGGACCUCAGCAGGCCGCUGUAACUGGUUCCCGAGCCCACCACCAGGGGCGUAGAUUGUUGCCGAGCAUCGUCCGGUCAGCGGUCACCGACAGUGGCCGUCGUAGCGAAUCCGUUCGAAACUCCAUCAAGGCGCAGGGAUGGGCUGUGAACGAGCGCACCAUCUUCACCUCGGCCCGUAUGCUCUCGUCGGAGAUCGUCAAGGUACCGCCGUUUGCCGAUUCCGUGUCGGAGGGAGAUGUGAAGUUUGAAAAGAAAGUCGGCGAUGCGGUGGCCGCUGACGAAGUGGUCAUGGAGAUCGAAACCGACAAAACGACGGUCGGUGUGCCGGCUCCCGGACAUGGUGUUAUCGAGGAGAUCUACGUUGCGGACGGCGACACGGUGAAGGCCGGUCAACAGCUGUUCAAGAUGAAGAUUACCGGCGAAGCUCCAAAGAGCGCUGCCAAACCAGCCGAUGCUCCGGCACCGGCUGCAGCGGCACCACCUCCACCACCGCCGCCACCACCUCCAGUAGCAGCAGCCGCACCACCCCCACCACCUCCACCACCUGCGGCUGGAGCACCUCCGCCACCACCGCCACCGAAACCGGCGGCUCCAAUUAGUCGAAUGCCCGUCGCUGCCAUUCGCCAUGCGCAGGCCAUCGAAGCGGCCACCGUGAAGGUACCGCCGGCAGACUACACCAAGGAGAUCACCGGAACGCGUACGGAACAGCGCGUGAAGAUGACGCGCAUGCGGUUGAAGAUUGCCUCGCGCCUGAAGGAGGCCCAAAACACGAACGCAAUGCUGACGACGUUCAACGAAAUCGACAUGAGCUUCAUCAUGGAUUUCCGUAAGCAACAUUUGGAAGCAUUCGUAAAGAAGUACGGAAUGAAGCUGGGUUUCAUGUCCGCCUUCUGUAAAGCAGCUGCCUAUGCCCUGCAGGAUCAACCCGUCGUAAACGCUGUUAUUGAAGAAAACGAAAUUAUUUAUCGCGAUUACGUAGACAUUUCGGUAGCGGUAGCCUCGCCAAAGGGUCUGGUGGUGCCCGUGUUACGAAAUGUGGAAGGCAUGAACUACGCCGACAUUGAGCUGUCGAUCGCCGGUCUGGCGGAUAAGGCGAAAAAGGGAACGCUAGCGGUGGAGGAUAUGGAUGGUGGUACCUUCACCAUCUCGAACGGUGGCGUGUUUGGUUCCCUGCUGGGAACUCCAAUCAUCAAUCCUCCGCAGAGCGCCAUUCUUGGUAUGCACGGCAUCUUCGAGCGACCAAUUGCCGUAAAGGGACAGGUGGUGAUCCGACCAAUGAUGUACGUAGCCCUGACUUAUGACCAUCGAUUGAUUGAUGGCCGUGAGGCCGUCACCUUCCUGCGCAAAGUAAAGGCCGCAGUCGAGGAUCCUCGCAUUGUGCUGGCCGGUCUGUAAGCGACCAGCAGUACUCAUCAACUGCCUGCGUUCACGAAGAUGAAGAAUCUUCAAAUGGAGAAAUUGGCGUUUCGGAUCAGCGCGAAUAUAUAAUCAUACAAUGGCAGAAGCCACGCCAUGUGAGACGAUACAUGAAAUGGAAGAUAACAACAUUUAGAAGGACAACGCUUUAAAACAGCACCAACAUAUGAACGUAUCCCAUUAGAAAAGAUCGCAGCACAACCGUUGCCUAAUUACUUGUUUCUUAUGAAUCUUUACCCUAACCGCCAGUUCCCACUUAACAUCCUCCCAGAGGACGGUGUACGAUUAAAUAUGGACGAAGUUCAAGCAAAUGUAACGCUCUUAACCUGACAGUUUCAAUUUUGAUGUUGUGAAACAUUAUGCUAGUUGCGCAAAUGUUAGAAUUACAGCAGAGAAUGAUUAUUAUUUUUGCCAUGGAAAAUCACGACUCUCCUGCCGAGGUUUUCUGCUUAUCAGUCCAGCUACACUCAGCCAUACUAAGAUUGGACGCUAUUGGUGUUGUGCGGAUGGAGUUCUUCGGCAAUCGUAACGUAGAGUAGUUGGUAGUUGGUUCCAUUGAGCGAAUCAACAGGCACAUCGGUGGGUUACAAAUGUGUAUUAAUGGUGCUCUAUUGAAGAACGACGAUAUCGACGACAUUGACGGUGCACGUGCACGUGAACGGGAAGGAUGGGUGAGAUAAUAGAACGUUGUGCUUAACAUCUUCUUAACUUGGUAACAUUUUGAGACAACCUUUGAAACACGAAGCAAGCAAAACGCAGUUUAGGUAGAGAAGUAUUUAUUUGAGUAAAAAGUAAAUAAAACCCAGUAUGAACCAAUACCCAAAUUGGUUCCUUUCA